AUGUCCGGGUUAUGUCAGGGGCUGCCACGUGACUCUGUGGCGCGUGGAAACCAGGCCAGCUGGAACUUCUUCCCCCUCCAGCCCGAAUCUCGCGACAAUCGAACCGUCCUCGAUUGCUCUCUGCCCUCGACCUCGAUCGCCGGUGCGCUCUACUCACUUGUCUCGCCUGGCGAGCUUCUUCGUCUUUCCGAGUUACGUCCGUUUCCGUUAGACUUCCUUCAGUCGCCCCUCGUCAUGGAUUUCGACAACCUCAAGAGCCAGGUUAGCAACCUGACCUUGUACGAUCUCAAGGCGGGUGUCCGCAAGGUGCAGAAUGCUGUCAUGAAUUAUACCGAGAUGGAGUCCAAGGUUCGGGAGGCUACCAACAAUGAACCUUGGGGUGCUUCGACCACUUUGAUGCAGGAGAUUGCCAGUGGAACUCACAACUACCAACUGCUCAACGAGAUCAUGCCGAUCAUCUACAAGCGUUUCACCGACAAGGCUGCAGAGGAAUGGAGACAGAUCUACAAGAGCCUUCAACUUCUCGAAUUCCUUGUCAAAAACGGAUCAGAACGGGUCGUCGACGAUGCGAGAUCUCACAUGUCCCUGCUGCGGAUGCUCCGGCAAUUCCACUACAUUGAUAUGAAUGGGAAGGACCAGGGUAUCAACGUGCGCAAUCGGUCCUCGGAGCUGGUGAAGUUGCUAGGGGAUGUGGAUCAGAUCCGCACCGAGAGGAAGAAGGCCCGCGCCAACCGGAACAAGUUCAGUGGGUUUGAAGGCGGCAUGAACGUCGGAAGCAGCAUGGGCUCUGGCCGUUAUGGAGGUUUUGGGAGUGACAGCAUGGGAUACGGCGGAUACAGCGGAGGUGUUUACGGAGAUGGCGGAGGACAAAACCGGUUCGAUGAGUACGACGAGUACGACGAGGCGGACGCUUCUCCAGCGCGCCGGCCAGGAGCUAGCCCUCCUGCUCGCGCGAAGCAGGAGGCCAAGAAGCCAGAGCCAGUACCGGAUCUCUUCGAUUUUGGUGACGACGAACCCCCAGCGCCCGCCUCCACCGCUGCAGGCAAGCAGCCCGCGAGCAGCACUCUGAGCAUGCUGGACCCUAGCCCGGCCGACGACGACGAUUUCGACGACUUCCAGUCCGCAACGCCGGCCCCCUCGCAGGCCACCGGGUCAAACCAGUUCGCCAUUCCGCCCCCAGCGGCCACCCACAGCACAACCUCCAGCACACAGUUCGUCGCCCCGCAGCCUGUUUCCGCGUCGCAGGGUGCCAACAUCAAUGGCUUGGUCGGCUUCACAUCAGCCACCCCGACGCCGUCGACCGGCUCGAUCACUUCCCCCGUGUCGCAAACCGCGCCGCAACAGAAGCCCAUGGCCCCCAAGCCGUCGGGUUACCAAGCCGCAACCCCCAACUACUUCACCUCCAUCGCCACUACCACCAGCUCCUCGCAACCCCAGUUCCCUCAAGCCGCGCCGUCAUCUACCUCCUCCACGGCGGCAGCUCCGUCCGCCACAGCGAACAAACCCGCCGCCGCGAAGCCUGCCGGUGACGCCUUCGGCUCGCUCUGGUCCACCGCAAGCGCCAGCGCCGGCAUCCAGAAGACCAAUACCGGAAACAAGGGCCCCAACCUUGCCAGCAUGGCGAAGGAGAAGGCCAGCGCCGGCAUCUGGGGCGCGCCCGCGCAGUCCUCCAGCGCUGCUACUCCAUCGAUGGGCCAGCAGCAGCAGAAGUCAACUGGUAGCUCUGGUCUUGAUGAUCUUCUUGGAUAG